AUGGAUCCUUGUCUCUAUACAGCAGCAAGAUCUGGUGAUAUAAAUUUCAUGAAUAUUAAAGAUGCAUGUAUUGAUCCUCUCCAUCAAAGAACGCCUAAAGAGAACAAUCUUCUUCAUACCGCUGCUGAAUUCAAGCAAAUAGAUUUCUUCAAACAUGUCAAACUCAACUAUGAAUCUCCGCGGUUUUGGGUCACCAACAAGUCCGGCGACACUCCAUUGCACGUCGCAACCAGAGUAGGCUGUCAUGAAGUUGUCGAGUUUGUCAUUGACCACACAAAAUCAUUCCCCCUCGAAGGAGCUGAUGAUCAGGAAAGCGGACUAGCUGAUGCUAAAACUUAUAAACAACUACUUAGAAUGCCUAAUUUUCAAAAUGACACUGCUUUGCAUAUUGCUAUGCGAUAUGGUCACGAUAAGGUGACGACUUUACUAAUCAAAGCUGACCCUGAACUCUGUUGUUACACAAAUCGUGCGAAGGAGUCCCCGUUGUUCCUAGCUAUUAGAAAGAGCUCUUCGAGCAUCGCUAGUUACAUUUUAGAGGAGUACGUCUCCUUCCCAUGCGUCUCCUUACCUUCAAGGGACUAA